AUGGUCAAGUUCCCAGCCGUAAUCACCGCCAGCCUUGUGGCUCUCGCUCCUCUCAUCCAGGCCUGGAACGCCCCCCCUUACCAUGGCUUCAGCCUGCGCUGGCAAGACCCCUUCUCCGGGGGAAGCGGCCGGUCCCCGGACCCCGGAAACUGGAACAUCAUCAACGGGUUCCUCAACGUCAACAACGAGCUGCAAACGUACAGCUCGAGCACGCGGAACGUGCAGCUCAGCGGGGGCAGCACCGUCCAGAUCGUCCCCUGGAGAGACGAGUCUACCAUCCAAGGGUGGACCUCUGGCCGCAUGGAGAGCAAGUACGUCUUCACGCCGGACUCGGGCAGGCUGACGCGGGUCGAGGCCUCUCUCCGCUUCGGCCCCAGCCACCAGGGUGCCAAGAAGGGCAUAUGGCCGGCCUGGUGGAUGCUGGGCGACUCGAUCCGCCACGGAAAGCAGUGGCCGGCUGGGGGCGAGCUCGACAUCCUCGAGGUGGUGAAUGGGCAGCCGGUCGGCCACGGCACCGUCCACUGCCACAAGUCCCCCGGGGGCAUCUGCAACGAGCCCAGCGGCAUCGGGAGCUCCGUCAACAUCCCCAACAACGACUACCACGUCUGGAGGCUCGAGUUUGACCGCCGCAGCGAGGACUGGACUCGGCAGUCCAUCACGUGGUUCCUCGACGGGCACCGGUUCCACCAAAUCACCGGCUCUGGCAUCGGCGACCACGGCACCUGGGCCACGCUCUGCCAUAGUCCCACCUUUUUCAUCCUCAAUCUAGCUGUUGGUGGUGACUGGCCCGGAAAACCGGACGGAGCCACCCAAGAUGGCUAUGGUGCCAUGAUGGAGAUUGGCUACGUUGCCCACUACGUGAGCAGCUAG